AUGGCCACGACGCUGACGGAGCUCCCGGGCGGCCUCCUCACCGAAAUCCUCCUCCGUCUGCCAGCGCCGGAGGACCUCGCGCGCGCCUCGGCCGCCUGCCCCGCCAUCCGCCGCGUCGCCACCGACGGCGCAUUCCUGCGCCGCUUCCGCCGCCUCCACGCCCCGCGGCUCCUCGCCUUCCUCGACCUCGACGGGUUCCAGCCGGCGCUCCCGCCGCACCCAUCCGCGCCCGCGGCCCGCUCCCUCGCCCGCGCCGCCGACUUCUCCUUCUCCUUCCUCCCCUCCCACUGCCGCUGGGUCCCGAUGGACGUCCGCGACGGCCGCGUCCUCCUCGGCCGCGACCACGGCCAGGACGCGCGCCCCCCUAUCUGCAGGGAGCUCGCGGUGUGCGACCCGCUGCACCGGCGGUACGUCCUGCUCCCACCGGUGCCCGACGCCAUCGUCGCCUCUGUGGAGCGCCCGCCCCCCGUGCGACGCAGGCCCUUCGACGAGCCGCUCCUCCUUCCCCUCGGCGAUAACGAUGAAGGGACGGCGUUCACGGUGGUCUCGAUGGUUCAUUGCGAAACUAAGCUGGCUCCCUUCGUAUUCUCUUCGAGCACCGGGCAGUGGCGAGCCGCGGCACCCAUGCUUUGGUCGGCCAUGCCAGUGCCGCCCAUGGACCAUACUUAUCUCAGGCGGCAUCACGCCUAUGGCUGCUUCUACUGGGAGUCCACGCUGAUCAAUAGGAGAGAGUUGCUCGUGCUCAACAUCCAGAGGAUGGAGUUCUCCAUUGCCGAGCUCCCACCCUCUGGUUGGGGCACGCUGGGCGUGGCCAUCGUGGAGGCAGGGGAAGGCAGGCUGGGGCUGUUUGGCAUCCGUGAUGGAAUUGCAGGUGGCAAGCCUGACCUCUGCUAUUCCGUCAGACGUAACAAAGGCAAGAAUUCAGGCCAGUGGCAGAUGGUGAAGACAUUCUCACUAGGUUCUGAUGGCCUGAAUUAUAUCAAAGCCGCAACAGAGAGGUAUGUGCUGCUGAUAUGCUCUGAAGCCCCGCGUUUCGUCGGCUUGUCUAUGGAGAUGCCAGAGCUGGAGUAUAUCUCGGUGGACGUCAAGAAGUUGCAGCUUGAGAGGGUCUGUGUGAAGCCUUUCGGGAAUUCCUUGUCCAGGACGCGCAUAUAUGCCCACUUCCCGCCAUCGCUGUCUUCGCCGACAAUAUGAAGUGAUUCAGGGGAGCCGUAAUCACAUCAGCAUUCUCAAUUCAAGACAACUGGAUUUUAGUGGCGUGUCCUAUAGGAUGACACUAUCUACAUUGCUUCGCCUGGCAUUUCGUCAUGUCUAUGUUUUGGUUAAUUACUAUAGCAUCAAUGUCAAUGUGGAUGUACUUUGUCCGAGUGUGGCAGUGCCAUGUCUAUGUUGUGUUCUUCCUUUGAUAUCUAAGAAUGUUACAUUUUGAUUAACGGUCCCAAUCAAUCAAGAACUGUGGUAAGUCCACCUUUAUUU